AUGGAUUACGUAUCAACGUUAUGUGCGUUAAGCACUGUCGGUAUAGCACCCACCGGCCUCGCGCUCGGGCGCGCAGAACGAAGUCAGAAGCCGAGUCUCUUCCGGCGCAAGACCCUCUCUCAAGAUCACCCUCUCCUCCCUCAACAUACCGCAAAGACGUCCAUUGAUGCUCGCCCGAAGUCAGCUUUACCACCACGGACAAGUGUGGCAGCCGAGUGGCGAGCUGAAAAGGAACAAAGUUUGGCAGAUAGCGCGUAUGGGAACCAAUAUCAACCAGAUCUUCGGCGGGCAUCCUUGUCCUUCAGCGCUGUAAGACGCCGUCGUCGGGGUCAAACUUUCACAGCGCCUCCACUGCAAAUUCCGGAACAUGAAUCAACAGACUCGCAAACUGGCCACGUCCGGCGACCAUCCACUGGUUGGCUGCGGCGCUUGUCAAUGGCCUCGUUCCAGACCGAGAGCCCGACCGCGAGUAGUCCAGUCACUCCGUCGUUCAAUGGAUCAGCAAGCCCAACCUUUCCUCGCCCGCCGAAUCAGCGAAGGGCCCCGAACAAGUUGGUGAAGCGUCCGGCAUCGCAGCACACCAACACACAUCCUCUUGGAUCGCAGACCAUCUCCGGGUCUUCGCCAUCUGCGCUGCGCAGGCCAACCACGAGUCACCAGAGAUCAGAGUCGAUGCGCCUUCCUUUGGCUUCAGAUUUCGAAGAUUGCUUCCCCAAAAAUCUUCCUGUUGAAUCACCAGCGAUCGAGGAAUUCGAGCUUGAUAAGAAGAAACAAUGGGCGUCAUUUUUCCUUCCCGGGGCUGGUAAGUUGGCUGAGAGACUCUCGCGCAGGUUCUCAACAUCAAUCGCCCCGAAAGUUCAAAGUGUUCGCCAGAUUACGUCUGAUCAGAGCGCUCUUCCGGUAUUGAUUCUCGCCUCUGAUGUCGCCGUCAACACUGCUUUGCCCCGAGAGGAUCAGUCAUUGCCUAAUACCCCGGUCGAAUUCCGCAACCCAUUUCAGGCAGCCACCCCGGAGCCUGCUUCUGAACUCGUUCUCGAGCCAGCGGAGAACCCCAAUCACAGGCACUCGUACUCUUUUAAUGAUGCUGAACAAAAGCAGACCGUCAUUGCCAACACCGUCACCGGCUCUGGUGUUCCGAUUCUGGGACGACCUAGGGGUGGUUCUCUGAAGCGUGUGAAAGGGCGCACGUUUUCCAUCCCUCAGUCAGAACUGUCCACGUCGGAGAGGAUUGUCGCCGUCCCAACCCCGGACCCCGAGCAACGGCGUAAUAUCACCGAUCCGAAUGUCUUCCGUCGCCCACAUCCUGUGUCGCAACCGGGAGGGGCUCUUUCAGCUUUGGAAAGACGUUCUCAAGUUGUGCCACGAUCAGUCUCUCAAGACUACAACAUUGGCUUGGGAUCUCGGUCCGGCUUGGAUCCAGUAACCUCGGAUGCAGUGGCACUUUCUGCCUGGCAGCGGGCGUCUCGUCCCAAUGGCCAGCCUUACUCUCUCCGCCGUCGUCCCAAGGGUUUCUCAGUUUCAGGGUCAGACCCAUCUUCCACCAUAAUCGGUUCCGAUGAUACCAGGGUGUUUACAUCAUGCGAUGAUUAUGAAACCGACAUCAUGAGUGAUUAUUGGGACUCAGUCCGCACACGCGAAACCACAAGCAGCGGACUGAAGGGCCUUCGGAUUGAGACGAUGUUUGACAAAGCAGGCACGAGUUUGGCCAAUGAAGAAGUCACGACCUUAGAGACUCUUCUGCCGCGGGGUACUUUCGCCGCGAGGUCUUUGGAACGGGAUCCUCAACUUUUUACUGAUUCAUUUCUGGCCUCUCCCCCUUUGACUCAGGUCCCAAUGGUUGAUAACUCAUCAGUUUUGGCCGAUGCGCCUGAUGAAGACGCCCUCAGCAUGAUUGGGGCAUUGCCUGGCGAAUCAGACAGUGCGGUUCAGUCGCCUUUGUCGCUUGCGUUGUCCAAAUUCGCCGAACAUCCCAACUCUGGCCUGAGUUCGGCCAAGGGCUUCGGAUCGAUGGUAGACGGGUCCAACUCAGAUGUGAACAAAAAGACAAACAUCUUCGACUGGUCUGAACAGUCACGUCCUGAUCGUGAAACGUCGGACUCCGAAACGCGUCCCAGAACCAUGCAUGGAAAGCAAGCAAAUGUUGUUGAUAGAAGCAGUCGUGCUGUUUGCCGGAAAGCACCUUCCACCGUCCACCUUCGCAGUCAGAGUGUCCCCGUUGUGAGUGACAUUCCCACCAGUGACUCACGUCAAACAUCUGGGAAGUUCGGCACCUGGGGCUUGGGCAGUAAAGGCGUCAGCGAAGACUGGGAUAGCGAUUUCGAUUUCGACGAGUCCGAGGAUACACCCACGGCCGAAAGCACUCAGGUCUCUGAACCAGAGACUAUUCGUCAAAGCAUGACUGUUCCGAAAGCCAUUCUGGAACGCCAAGCCAGUCUUCGCGGUCAAUUCGGACAGGUUCAGGAAUUGACGCUGCUCGUGGAAGAAUUGAAGCGUCUCCGGCACCAGGCAAAUGUCUUGGAUCUUGUCAGCGGACCUUCCAGUGAAUUGUGGAAAGAAGCAGAGGGGAUUGUGAACCUUGCUACUAUUGAUGACGAAGAAGAGCAUCGCUCACCUCCAGGAUCUCCUUCAUCUCUCACAUUCAGCUUCGACGAAUCAGAAGAUGAAGGUCUCCAUGCAUCUUCCAAGCGUAACAGCGAAGUCUCAUGGAACGAUGUACCGCAGCGUGAGCGUGAAACUCACUCGCCCCUCACUCAGCUUGCCAAAGACUCGCCUAAGUCCCAAUCUGUGCUUGAUAUCCUGCAGCCUGGUGAUAAACCUCUAGAGAUUGCACCGCGUGCUCAGAAACUGCCAUUCGACACGUCUUCGUUGAAAGAUUUGGUGGUUCGAGCUGGUGUUGUGACGCGUGCGCUGAAGGAAGUCAUUCGCAAAGCAGAGGGGGUUGCAACCAGCCCCCAGAACGUCUUUCCACAAGACCCCCCGUUUCGGCGCAUCUUCGACAAACCAUCUCACGACGACCUUGCCAGCUUUGAAGCUGCUCUCGCCGACUUGUAA